GGCGCCAAAACGCAGCAUGUGCUCUAUUAACGAAAUCGAUAACAAACGGCUGCUAUCAAGGUAGCAAAAACAAACUUGUGUGUAUUUAUAUAUAAAACUUAUUUAAUUUAUUUCAAUUGAACCUGAGUAAAAUGAGUGCGCGACAUAGAGGCAAAUCCAAGCGUGGGGCGGGCGCAAGCUCCUAUCGGAACGUUAAAUCAAAUCACAACUGCGAACGCAAUUUCGCCCAACAGGCCAACGAACUUGCCAAUUGUAGUGCCACCGAUAGCGACAGUUCCGAAUCCGAAUCGUCAGGUGACAACUUGGAGGGCCUCGGUCAGCCACCAGAUUUUGCAGUAGCCAUGUGGGACCUGAAUCACUGUGAUCCGAAAAAGUGUUCUGGCAGGAAGCUGGCACGUCUUGGACUUAUUUCUAAUUUGCGUUUGGGUCAAAAGUUUCCAGGACUCGUGCUCUCACCGAUUGGUCAGUUGUGUGUUAGUCCACAGGAUCGCGAAAUCGUCAAUGCUUCUGGGGUGGCUGUCAUAGAUUGUUCCUGGGCCAAGCUGGAUGAGACACCGUUUAAUAGAAUGCGCAGUCCCCAUCCCCGCCUGUUGCCAUUCCUGGUCGCGGCAAAUCCGAUCAACUAUGGAAAACCCUGCAAGUUAAGCUGUGUGGAGGCAAUUGCAGCAACUCUCCAUAUAUGUGGCUUUACUGAAGAGGCACGUUGGUUUAUGGGCAAAUUCUCCUGGGGUCAUGCGUUUUUGGAGCUAAACGAGAAACUGCUCAAUGCGUAUGCGGCGUGCAAAAGCAGCGAUGAGAUUCUAAAGGUGCAAAACGAAUAUCUGGAGACGGAGCAAAAGGAGCGCGAUAAGCCAAGGGAUCUGAAGGAGUUCUAUCCCACAAGUAGCAGUAGUAGCAGCAGCGAGAGUGCAGAUGAAAAUGAACAGCAAAACUAAAAUAAUUAAGUUUUUACAAGAGGCCAAGAAGAUGAUUUAUUUGUUUAUGCAAAUUCCCUAUGGUUGACUUU